CUAUAAAAACUCGGACUAAAGAUCAAACUCCAUCAGUUGGUUAGAAGAGAAGCAAGAUGAAGACUUACUACCAAUUGUGCAUCCUGGUUGCCUUGGUGUUCAGGGUUCGCUCAAACCCUGUACCACAGAAUAAUGACUUGACUGAUGAAGAGUUUGCAAAGAAUUACUUGAAGAGACUGUACAACAUGAAAGAGGUGAACAAACCGUCCUUUGGGCGCACGACCAGUGAGAUGAGCUUGAAGCUCAGCCAGAUGCAGCAGUUUUUUGGUUUAAAGGUAACAGGAAUUCUUGAUGAUGAAACUAUUGCGAUGAUGAAGAAGCCCAGAUGUGGAGUUCCAGAUGUUGCUGCAUUCAAAUCCAACGCUUUGCCUAUCAAAUGGUCUACAAACAGCUUGACCUACAGGAUCGAGAAAUACACUCCUGACAUGUCUGUGGCUGAAGUGGAUGAGUCUAUCGAUAGAGCGCUGCAAGUCUGGGCUCGUGUCACUCCUCUGAGGUUCACCCGCAUCUACAGCGGCAUAGCCGACAUCAUGAUCACUUUUACUGUCGGAAAUCAUGGUGACGGCUCCCCAUUUGAUGGACCGGAUGGUUUCUUGGCUCACGCAUUUGGCCCCGCUGUUGGCCUUGGUGGAGACACCCAUUUUGAUGAAGAUGAGACCUUCACCUUCAAAUCUCCUGAUGGAUAUGUCUUGUUCUUGGUGGCUGCACAUGAAUUUGGCCACGCCCUGGGGCUUGACCAUUCCAAAGAUCCUGGAGCUCUCAUGAACGCAAGGUACUCCUACAGAGAUGUCGACAAAUUCCUUCUUCCUGGAGACGACAUCAGUAAAAUUCAGGCUCUCUAUGGUCCAAACCUUGAACUGCCCGAUGGGCCCACACCUCCAACCACUCCUAAUGCAUGUGACCCCAAUCUGGUCCUGGAUGCUGUUACAAAUCUGCGUGGAGAGACCUACUUCUUCAAGAACAAUAUUUUCUGGCGUCACCACCCUCAGAUCCCACAGAUUGAACAAUAUCUGAUUAAGAGCUUCUGGCCCGACCUUCCAGAUAAUAUUGACGCUGCUUUUGAGGAUCCAUCAGACGACUUGGUGUACAUCUUUAAAGGUCAGAAGGUCUUGGCUUUAAAUGCUUAUGACGUUGUAAAGCGAGAGACUCUCACUAGCUACGGCUUGCCGGCUUCAGUGAAGAAGAUCACUGCUGCCACUUAUGAUGAGCAUACUGGAAGGGUUUUGCUUUUUGUUGGCAAAAAAUAUUACAGUUAUGACUCAAACAACAAGAAGAUGGAUGUGGGUUACCCUAAACUGGUGGACAAGAGAUUCCCUGGAAUGACAGGAACAGUCGACGCAGCUUUCGAGGAAAAUGGUUUCACCUACCUCGUCAGUGGAACUCGCAUAGUCGAGUUUCGUGAAAGAGCAUUGACCCGUGUGGUGGGAAACAAAAACUUCCUGCAGUGUUAGAUGCCUUUUAUACUUCUGAGUCAUUCAGACAGUGGAUGUGCCAAUAAUACAUUAAGAAACUAUUUAAUAAUUUAUAGAGUUAAUUGUUAUUCAUUUAUAAAACAUUUUCUGAGUAAGUGUCAUUCCUUAAGUUGUACAUUUCUAAAUAAACUUUUCAUUCAAAUUUAAACAUGCGGUGAAAUGUUGAUGAUGUGAAGCAAUAAAAGUACAAUAAAUCUG